AUGCCUUCUCAGAUUGUUACAUAUUUGAAUAAUCUAGGAAAUGUUUGUACUUUGACUAAGAGAAAGGUUGUGUCUCUCCUUUCAACCAUCUUUGAUCCUUUGGGAAUAUUGACCCCCGUAACAAUCAAGGGAAAACUAUUUGUGAAGAAAUUGUGGGAACUGAAAACUGACUGGGAUGACGAACUGAUGAUGGAUUUAAAGAAAGAGUUCGAUGAAUUGUUAAACCAACUCAAUUCUAUUGAGGAGAUCAAAGUCCCUAGAUCUUGUUUUAAUGAAGGAACUUGUAGCUUACAUGUAUUUGCUGAUGCCUCUCAUGUGGCUUAUGGAGCCUGUGCGUAUGUUGUUAGCAGUAAGCACACAAGUCACUUGCUAAUUAGUAAGUCUCGAGUAGCCCCGAGCCCCUCACUCACUAUUCCCCAUCAAGAAUUACUUGCUUUGACUAUAGGCAUGCGCCUAGCUGUUCAUUUGUUAGAGAUUUUUGGGGAUAAAUUUUCAGAUUGUACUGUUUGGAGUGACUCCCAAGUAGCUUUGAGUUGGGUAUUUUAUGAAAGAUCUAAAGAAGUGUUUGUAACCAACAGAGUAAAGGAAAUCAAGGACUUGAAGUCCAGUCAUAACAUCAGGUUGUUAUAUGUCAAGAGCGAGGAUAAUCCUGCUGAUUUAGUUACGCGAGGUAUUUCAAUGUCUCUUUUGAGUAAGUCAGGUUUGUGGUUUCAUGGCCCGACCUGGAUUAUUGACAAAAAUAAGUUUCCAGAACAAGAGGAUGUAGUUUACAUAGAGUCUGUUAAUGUAAAUGAAAUUAUUGUAGAACCAGUUUUGAGAAACCCUGAUGAUGAUGUACUUGUAUUUAAUUGUUCUGAGUUCUCCUCAUUGAAACACGCAUUAAGGAUCGUAGGUAGAUUGAUCUUGUUUGGGAGAAGAAUAUUUCCUGAUAAAUUCAGGGAAAGUAAUAAUUUACUUGUUUUAAUCAGAAUCAUGCAGCGUCAAGCUUUUCCAACGUUAUAUUAUGCGUUGACUAAUGGGUUACAAACCAGUUCUAGUGUUCCCUCUGAGUUAAGGAAUCUUAUCAGACAAUUAGGACUUUAUGUUGAUAAAAGUGGUGUCAUUCGGUGCCAAGGAAGACUUCAUAAUGCAGAAUUGCCAGAAUUCGCUAAGCAUCCAGUAUACGUCGCCUUAUGGCAACUUAUAGUGUCUCAUUAUCACAUACUCAACUUGCACUGCAACACGAAUACACUUGUGGUUAUAUUGAGACAACAGUUUUGGGCUGGAAAAAUGAGACAGUCCGUUAAGAAGAUCCUGAAAGAGUGCUUAUUGUGUAAGAAAGCACAAAAUCAACCUCUAAGUUCUGCCUGGAUUUCCCCCGUUACCACCCGAACGAGUUUAAGCUAUCACAAGUCCCGUUUUUCCUGUGUUGGCGUCGACUAUACGGGAAACAUUAAUGUGGCUGAAAAUGAAGCUGAGAACGAGAAGGCGUAUGUCUUGUUGUUUACAUGCGCUACGUCAAGAGCGGUUGCCCUAUAUGUGUGCAAAUCCAUGAAUGCACAAGAAUUCCUCUUUGUUUUUAGACAAUUCGCGGCAAGACACGGACUUCCGAGAGUUUUAAUAAGUGAUAAUGCGCCAAACUUCAUUGCAGCCAGUAAGUUUCUAAGAGAUAUCAGCGAAGAGCCAGAAGUAAGAAAUUAUCUGACGGAUCAUAAUUUAGAAUGGAAGUUCAUAACACCCCGAUCACCUUGGAAAGGCGGCUUUUACGAGAGACUGAUCGGAGUGGUGAAAUCGUGCUUACAUAGGGCCGUGUACAGAAAAAGAGUUUCGUUUAUAGAACUCAAUACCAUCGUCGCUGAAGCCGAGAACAUCAUCAAUAACAGGCCACUAACAUAUGUCAACGAAGAUAACGCCGACAUCGCGCUCACCCCUGCUAGACUCUUAUACGGCAGAGCUAUUACAAUGGCUCCUCCUUUGAACAAGUUCGUCGACGUACCUUUCAAUGAGAACGUCGAAUUGAGGGAGAACUAUGCAAGACUGUGUGAGACGAUAAGAAAGUUUGAGAAAUUGUGGCUACUUGACUAUUUGUCUUCUCUAAGAGAGAGGCACAGAAACAUCGAGUCUUCAACCAUCUGUCCAUUAAGCAUAGGAGAUUUGGUCCUUAUAGUAAAUGAUAAUUGUAAAAGACACAAGUACCCUUUGGGAAUCAUCGAGAAACUCCACGCAGGUCCUGAUAAUGUUAUAAGGACAGUCGAGAUAAAAACAGCAAGUAGAAAUUUUACAAGGACCAUUGAAUCAAGUCAUUCCACUCGAAUGUAA